CUUAUUUGGAAUUUACUAUCAAUACUUCACCUUAAACCUUCGCCAUGGACUUCCUUCAGAGAGCUCAAGACCAAAGACUGUUCAACUUCACGUCGGAACAGAUGGCAGCGGAACACAAAUACCUGGCACAGUUCAUCAUAACAAAAGCCCUGGGAAAGGUCAUAAAGCAAAUCGAGACACCGGCCACAUCGGUUUUGUUGGAUGACCGGAAAAUGGCUGUGGUGGAGCAGGUGCAGGAAACCUGCCAGCAGGGCCUGCAGGCUCUGCUGGAUCUGGACAAGAAGGUGUUUCACGUUCCACCAAAUGUGCUCUUGGCGCAGGAUCUUCAUUUUGAGAAUACGUUCACCAGUGAAGACGAAGAGCAGAAGACGGCCCAGCUGGAGGAAAUGAAGAUAAUAUUUCGAGAGAACAUGGCCAUGCUGGCUCAACUAAAGGCCGAGGAGUCAAAGUUUGCAGAAAUGGAGGAUGUCCUCCAGAAAGAGAUUCAAAUGCAGGAAAUGGCCCACGAAGUGUGCAACUCCUUCAAUGCGGGCAAGAUUUCAGAGUUCUGCAACCGAAUAGCCAGCGAUCAACCAAAAGCCACUAAGAUUUAAAGGAUAAUCUUUAUGGAACUUUUAUUUUUAAUAUUGAUUGCAAGCCCCUAGCUUCCCGAGAGGGAAGUUCAACAGCCGCUUGGCCAGGCAGGCAGCCGCCUCACGCCGAGAGA